ACCAUGAAGCUCAAAAACAAAGGUAAAGUAUACCCUUCCUCCUCCUCCGGCGAAGACAGUCUAUCCGUUUUAAACCUUCUUCCCGCCACCGUUUUAGCCCUUCUUUAUGUUCUUUCUCUUGACGAGCGAGAAGUUUUAGCUUACAUGAUUACAAGGUCCCUCAAAACCGCCACCAAUAACCACCACUCUUCUUCCAAGAAAGGAUCUUCUAGGAAACACCCGCCGCCCGCCGCCGUUAAGUCCGCCCACAAGCCGCCCGUUUUCGACUGCGAUUGCUUUGACUGUUACACCAGUUACUGGUUCCGGUGGGACUCCUCUCCCAACCGCGAGCUUAUCCAUCAAGCUAUCGAGUCUUUCGAGGAACAUUUAACCAGCGGGGAAUCCCCGAGACCCUCCAAGAAGAAUGCGCGGCUCAAGAGAAGGGAUACCAACGGCGGAACGCUCACUCGGGUCCCCGAUAGCCCGGUCGUUGCCCUUCCGGUUCAUCCCGAACAAGAAGUUCCUGGCUUGAAGGGUUCCGCCGAUGAAGCGCCGGCGCUGAUCGCUGAUGACGUCAUUUCUACGGAGAAGAAUGCUGAAGAAGAGCCAGCUGAAGCAGUGGAAAUGACCGAAGAAUUUCCGGUGCCAGAAGAAGCUGACGUGGAGGCACGGCCGCCGCCGCCGAUCAGCAACCACAAGGGCCUGGUGAGGAAAGUGUUACCGGACAUAUUAGGAUUAUUCAAUUCUCGUUUAUGGGGCCUUUUGAAUCCAAAUGUGUAAUUUUCUGGAAAAAAUAUUUUUAAUAUUUGGGU